AUGAUCCUCACCACCAUCAUUGCAAACUGUAUCGUCCUGGCACUGGAACAGCACCUGCCCGAUGGAGACAAGACACCUCUGUCUGAACGACUGGAGGAGACGGAGCCCUACUUCAUAGCCAUCUUCUGUUUUGAGUCGGGGAUAAAGAUCCUGGCGCUGGGUUUUGCCUUACAUAAGGGCUCCUACCUGAGGAACGGCUGGAACGUCAUGGACUUUGUGGUCGUGCUCACCGGUAUUCUGUCAUCGGUGGGAUCUCAGUUUGACCUGAGGACACUGCGAGCUGUCAGAGUGCUGCGACCACUGAAACUGGUGUCUGGGAUUCCCAGCCUGCAGGUGGUGCUCAAGUCCAUCAUGAAGGCUAUGAUCCCCCUGCUGCAGAUCGGCCUGCUGCUGUUCGUGGCCAUCCUCAUGUUCGCCAUCAUUGGCCUUGAGUUCUACAUGGGCAAGUUCCACACCACCUGCUACAACAAAGAAGGAGAGAGGGUGGAUGAAUUACCGUGCGGAACAGAUUUGCCGUCUCGGUUGUGUCUUAACGGCACAGAAUGUAGAGGCGGCUGGCUUGGACCCAAUUACGGCAUCACCCAGUUCGACAACAUCCUGUUCGCCGUUCUCACCGUCUUCCAGUGCAUCACCAUGGAGGGAUGGACAGAGAUGCUCUACUAUAGUAACGAUGUGGAGGGCAGUGCCUGGAACUGGAUGUACUACAUCCCCCUCAUCAUCAUCGGCUCCUUCUUCAUGCUCAACCUGGUGCUGGGUGUACUCUCAGGUGAGUUUGCAAAGGAGAGAGAGCGAGUGGAGAACAGGAGCGAGUUCCUCAAGCUGAGGCGACAGCAGCAGAUAGAGAGAGAGCUCAACGGAUACCUGGAGUGGAUCUGCAAAGCAGAGGAAGUGAUUCUGGCCGAGGACGACACAACAGGAAACUUUGAUGGUUCGAGGCGGAGGCCGACCAUCAAAACCAAAAACAACAAGACGGAGCUGCUGAACCCUGAGGAAGGAGAGGACAACAUGGGAGACGCCGUCGGUUUUGCCCGCUCCAGUAUAAAGAGUGGAAAGGACGGCACCAACUACAGUAAGAAGGAGCGCCGCAUGCGCUUCUUCAUCCGUAAGAUAGUCAAGACGCAGGCUUUCUAUUGGACGGUGCUCUGCCUGGUCGGCCUCAACACCAUGUGUGUCGCCGUCGUGCACUACGACCAGCCUGAGAUGCUCUCCGACUUCCUCUUUUAUGCGGAGUUUAUCUUCCUCGGUCUGUUCAUGUCUGAGAUGCUGAUCAAGAUGUAUGGCCUGGGCAUUCAGCCCUAUUUCCACUCCUCGUUCAACUGCUUUGACUGCGUGGUGAUCGUGGGCAGUAUCUUUGAGGUGAUCUGGGCCACCAUCAAGCCAGGUACUUCCUUCGGGAUCAGCGUGUUACGAGCUCUGCGGCUGCUCCGCAUCUUCAAAGUCACAAAGUACUGGGCUCCUCUUCGUAAUCUGGUGGUUUCUCUGCUCAACUCCAUGAAGUCCAUCGUCAGCUUGCUGUUCCUCCUCUUCCUCUUCAUCGUCGUCUUUGCCCUGCUGGGCAUGCAGCUCUUCGGAGGACAGUUCAACUUUGAACACGGGACUCCGCCCACGAACUUUGACACCUUUGCAGCAGCCAUCAUGACAGUGUUCCAGAUCUUGACAGGAGAGGACUGGAACAUGGUGAUGUACGCUGGGAUUGAGUCCCAGGGAGGGGUGACCAACAAAGGGAUGGUCUUCUCCAUCUUCUUCAUUGUCCUCACACUUUUCGGCAACUACACCCUGCUUAACGUGUUCUUGGCCAUCGCUGUGGACAACCUGGCCAACGCCCAGGAACUCACCAAGGAUGAGGAGGAACAGGAGGAGGCGGCCAAUCAGAAGACGGCGCUGCAGAAGGCCAAGGAGGUGGCCGAGGUCAGCCCGUUGUCGGCAGCCAACCUCUCUAUCGCUGCCAAAGAGCAGCAGAAGAACCACGCCAAGCCCAACAAGUCGGUGUGGGAGCAGCGGACCAGCGAGAUCCGCCGGCAGAACCUGAUGACGAGUCGCGAGGCGCUCUACAACGAGCUGGAGCAGGACGACUGGAAGGUGGGAGGGGAGGGAGAGGAGGUAUCCUACCCACGGAACUCACGAGGCGACAUCAAGACCCACCUGGACCGGCCGCUGGUGGUCAACCCGCAGGACAACCGCAACAACAACACCAACAAGACCCGACCCGGCGAGUUGCCACUGGACCAGCAGUACCGGCGCCAAGACCUGGGCAACUACCACCGCACCGCCUGCCACUAUUACUAUCACCAGAGAGCCACUGGGCCGGGGCCGGGGCCGGGGGGAGACACCGGCGAGCCAGGCCAGCCGGGGGAGACCCGCAUGGAGCACGGCUUCAGCUGCACCUCCCUGGGCAACACUGAGGGCCAGCAGGGGGAGAAGAGGCACGGCCACCGGAGCCACCAGAGCCACCAGAGCCACCGGCACAGGGGGAACAGGGAGGGCAGGGAGGCGCGCAGCAUGUCUCCCCAGGUCAGCGAGGGGGGAGAGGGGAGCAAGGAGCACAGGAGGCCCAGGCAGCACUGCAGGGCAGCCAGGGACGGAGAGGAGGGCAGGAGGCACAGGUCCAGAGGGGUGGAAGGAGAGGGGGAGAAGGGCGAGGACGGGGAGGGACGGAAGAGCAGGCGGCAUCGCCACGGAAACCAGGAGAGGAGUCGGCAGCAUCGUAGCAGGAAGGAGCACCACAGCAGCGGCCCAAACCUCUCCACCACGCGACCCAUCCAGCAGUACAACGAGGACCUGGACAACUUCCGCAACAACAGCAAGCUGGCCGGCACCCAUGAGCACCCUCUUGCCCUCCCGCCGGAUCACCCCGACCACGUCAACAACCUGCUGAAUCGCCGCGACACCGACGCCCACACCCUGCUCCACAGCAUGGACAGCCUGAUCCUGACCAGCAUAGUCAAGCCCGAGUACACAGCCAUAGACAUGCCGCCCGUCUACCCCUACCCCUCCACCAACGCCAUCCUGCAAGUGAACAAGAAUGCCAACACAGACCAGAAGAAGAGCGAAGAGAAGAAGGAGGAGGAGGAAGAUGACGGAGGAGACGAAGACGGCCCCAAACCCAUGCCUCCCUACAGCUCCUGCUUCAUCAUGUCCACUACCAACCCGUUUCGGAAGUGCUGUCACUACAUAUUGACUCUGAAGUAUUUUGAGUUCAGCAUCCUGGCAGUUAUCGCCAUGAGCAGCAUCGCCCUCGCUGCAGAGGACCCUGUCUGGCCCGAGUCACCACGAAACAAUGUGCUGCGCUACUUUGACUACGUUUUCACUGGUGUCUUCACAUUCGAAAUGUUGAUCAAGAUGGUGGUGCUCGGCUUGUUUCUCCACCAGGGCUCCUACUUCCGCGACUUGUGGAACAUUCUGGACUUUAUAGUGGUUAGUGGUGCUCUGGUGGCCUUCGCCUUCACGGGGAGCAGCAAGGGCAAAGACAUUAGCACAAUCAAGUCCCUUCGUGUGCUGAGGGUGCUGCGUCCUCUCAAGACGAUUAAACGACUCCCCAAAUUAAAGGCCGUGUUUGACUGUGUGGUCAACUCGCUGAAGAACGUGCUGAACAUCUUGAUUGUCUACAUGCUCUUCAUGUUCAUCUUCGCUGUCGUGGCAGUGCAGCUUUUCAAGGGACGCUUCUUCUAUUGCACAGAUGAAUCCAAAGAGUUCGCACACGAUUGCAGGGGCGAGUACUUGGUGUAUGAAGACGAUAAUGUUAAAGCUCAGAAGCGGGAGUGGAAGAAGUACGAUUUCCACUACGACAAUGUGGCUUGGGCCCUGCUCACCCUCUUCACAGUAUCCACUGGAGAGGGGUGGCCUGAUGUGUUAAAGCAUUCAGUGGACUCCACCUACGAGAACCAGGGCCCGAGCCCAGGGUACCGGAUGGAAAUGUCCAUCUUUUACGUGGUGUACUUCGUUGUCUUCCCCUUCUUCUUCGUAAACAUUUUCGUGGCUCUGAUCAUCAUCACCUUCCAGGAACAGGGAGAUAAGAUGAUGGAGGACUACAGCUUGGAAAAGAAUGAGAGAGCUUGUAUAGAUUUUGCCAUCAAUGCGAGACCUCUGACCCGCCACAUGCCUCAAAACAAACUGAGCUUCCAGUAUCGCAUGUGGCAGUUUGUGGUGUCGCCGCCGUUUGAGUACAGCAUCAUGGCUCUCAUUGCACUCAACACCAUCGUCCUCAUGAUGAAGUUUGAUGGAGCAUCAGAAACCUACUAUGACGUCUUGAAGAACCUCAACAUCGUCUUCACCACCUUCUUCUUCAUGGAAUCCGUGCUCAAGAUCAUCGCCUUUAGCCCUCUGAAUUACUUCAGAGACGCUUGGAACAUUUUUGAUUUUGUCUCCGUCCUGGGAAGCAUCACUGACAUUUUAGUGACAGAGCUGGGGAAUAAUUUCAUCAACCUGAGCUUCCUGAGGCUGUUCAGAGCAGCUCGCCUCAUCAAGCUGCUGAGACAGGGAGAGACCAUCCGCAUCCUGCUGUGGACCUUCGUCCAGUCCUUCAAGGCUCUGCCGUACGUCUGUCUGCUCAUCGCCAUGCUCUUCUUCAUCUACGCCAUCAUUGGCAUGCAGUUGUUUGGAAACCUAGCUCUAGAUGAGGAAGGAGACAGCGCCAUCAACAAGCAUAAUAACUUCAGGACCUUCAUCAUGGCCCUCAUGCUGCUGUUCAGGAGCGCCACAGGCGAGGCGUGGCAUGAGAUCAUGCUGGCUUGCCUGGGUGGUAAGGAAUGCGACCCGGACUCAGGGAACACAGAGCCUGAGUGUGGCAGCACCUUCGCCUACACCUACUUCGUCUCCUUCAUCUUCCUCUGCUCUUUCCUGAUGCUGAAUCUGUUUGUGGCUGUCAUCAUGGACAACUUUGAGUACCUGACGAGAGACUCCUCCAUCCUGGGGCCGCAUCACCUGGACGAGUAUGUAAGAAUAUGGGCUCAGUACGACCCUGCCGCCUGCGGGCGCAUACAUUAUAAGGAUAUGUACAGUUUAUUGCGAGUUAUCUCCCCUCCCCUGGGCCUUGGCAAGAAAUGCCCACAUAGGGUGGCCUGCAAGAGGCUGCUGCGCAUGGAUCUGCCGGUUGCCGACGACAACACGGUGCAUUUUAACUCCACCCUCAUGGCGCUGAUCAGGACGGCCCUGGACAUAAAGAUCGCCAAGGGCGGUGCAGACAAGCACCAGAUGGACGCGGAGUUGAGGAAAGAGAUGAUGGCCAUUUGGCCGAACUUGUCCCAGAAGACGCUGGACCUGCUGGUGACACCACACAAGGCAGCCACAGACUUGACGGUGGGCAAAAUCUACGCCGCCAUGAUGAUCAUGGAAUACUACCGGCAGAGCAAGACCAAAAAGCUGCAGGCCCUGCGAGAGGAACAGAACCGAACGCCAUUAAUGUUUCAGCGCAUGGAGCCGCCCUCUGAGGGAGGGGGCACAGACGGCCAAGGGGGCCAGGGCCUCAACGGCCUUCCCAGCACCCAGCCAGACAACGUCAACAGCAUACCUCCCGAGGGUGGUGGUAUGACUGAGAGCCAGUCAUGGGUGACGGCCAAAGCCCAGGAAAUGUUCCAAAAGACGGGCAACUGGAGCCCCGACAGACCCUACCCCGACGAUCUCCACGAUAGCCGGCACAACCCCCAGAUAGUAGAGAUGAGGGCGAUGGGGCGGGACGGGUACUCCGACACUGAGCCCUAUCACCCAAUGGAUGGGCAUGGGCGGACCCUCUCCAUGCCCCGCCUCUCGGCAGACAACCAAACCAUCACAGACACCAGUCCCAUGCGUCGCUCCACCUCCAGCCUGGUCCACGGGCGCUCGGGCCGGGGCGUGAGGCUGGACGACUACUCUCUGGAGAGGGUGGUGUCCGAGGAGGGCAGGCACGGAGGAGGAGGACGCAGGCACAGGGACAGGAGUCACCGCGCCUCCCAGCGUUCCCUGACCAGAUACACUGACGCAGACACAGGCCUGGGCACAGACCUCAGUACCACCACCCAGUCGGGCGACCUCCCGCCCAAGGAGCGCGAGCGGGAGCGCGGCCGGGCCAAGGACCGUCGUCACCACCACCACCACCACCACCACCACAGCUCCAUGGACAAGGAGCGCUAUGGCCCUGACCGCCACGACUACCCCCACAGGCACCCGCAUGACCGCCACUGGUCCCGCUCUCCCAGCGAGGGGCCCGACGGUCGAGGCCACAGACAGGGCAGUAGUUCAGUGAGCGGCAGCCCCGUCCCCUCCACCUCGGGGACCAGCACCCCACGGAGAGGACGUCGCCAGCUGCCACAGACACCUGCUGUCCCCCGUCCACACGUCACCUACUCCCCCGCCGUCAGAAAGCCCAGCUAUGGCCCCCCGGGGCCCGGCCGUCUGCGUUCGCCAUCUCCCCGACACUUCUCCCCUCCAGACCACGACAGAGGCUACCACCACCGGCCCCCCUCACGCCACGGCUCCCCUCACCAUGGGGGCUCCACAUCCAGACACGGCUCUCCACGCUCGCCCAGGCACCAGUCCCCGCGCUCACCCCUCCACGGCUCGCCCAGGUCACCUCACCGAGGCCGCUGGAGUGGGCCGCCGCCUGGGGACAGCCUGGAGGGUGACGGGCCUUUUUAUGAACGCGACUACGAGUACGAGAGGCACCACGAGCCCCCAGCCUAUGAGCAGAGCCUCUCCCACGGCAACCCACACCCGCAUGGGGGGAACCCCCACCCCCACUCCCACCCACGCUCCCCUAGGACUGCCCGCCACGGGCCCCCUCCUCCCCCACACCCACAUUCACGCAGGGUGCCCAACGGUUACCGCUCAUCCUCACCCUCCCCACAUCGGCGUGGGCCACCCGGGGCACCCCCGCAUCCGCACCACCGCCCCCCCCAUGCCCGAGGGCCCCGCAAGGGCCUGCACGAACCUUACAGUGAGACGGAUGAGGAUGACUGGUGCUAGCGACCACAGGGAGCGAGGGACGAGGGCAGGAGAAGAGCGGAGAGAAGAGACAAAUAGCAGCCUCCCAUCCUCUGGCCUUGGAUAAACAGACUUCAAUAAAACAGAGGAGGUGGGGGAGGUGAGAUGGGAUGGAGGGGGUUUGACCCCCCCCUCCAAGCCCUCUACCUCCACCCCUCGGACUCUGACUGGGAGGACGGGGCGGAGGGUUGGGGGAUGAUGAUGGUGCUGCUAGCCUUUCACACACUGUGUGUGUGUGUGUAUGUGUGUGUGUGUUUGAGACUCUAAGAUGAUCCGCUGACAGAGCAACACAGACACGACGCUAAAGAGACAGACAGGCAACACAGGGCGAGGCCUGAGCAACUGUUUACCCCCUCCUCUCUCAGUCUAAGAACUACACUACCCAGAAUUCUCUGCUUGACCACCAAAGGCCAGGCUGUAGGAGGAAGGGAGGGACAGCAGAGAGGUGUGGGAACAGGAAGCUUGAGAGGAGCAUGUCCAGGCAUGAUAGUGGUUUACAAAACCUAAAAGCACCUCUCCCAGACUGACGUGUGUUGGCUGGUUUUGUCAGACCUGUUCGAUCUGUCACCGGCCCGUCUGCUUCUGCAAACGCCUGAAAACUAGGUGGAAUCAAAAGGAGAGAGGCGAGAGUCCACUGCUCGACUCUCCUCCUCGACAGACAUGAUUAAAGAAAACUAAAUAAAUAAAAAGCCAGGACCCCCCUACCCUUACAUGCCAAGCUAUGCCUCCAGAAAAUCAAACUUGAACAAUGAAGAACAAAAACAAAACUUUACAUGAAAAACACUGAAAAGAAAAAAAGGGAGAACAACCACUUCAACUUUAACCUUUUUCCUUUCCAAGGGACAGAACCAGGAAGCUCCGCCUAUACUGCAAAAACCAGCCAAUCACAGCGCUGGCUGAUAUUUGAUGAGUUUUAUCAUCUCUGUUUACUGUUAAAGACUCACCUAAUGCUGACGGAACUGGUGUGACAUCACUUCCUGUGUGGUGGUGGUGGUGGUGGUGUUGGGUGGGGGGGCCACGGUGUGACCUCACUUCCUGUUCCGAGUGCGCUAGGGGGCGGGGCCAUGUAACAAGAGGGGGGAGUCGGACACUUCUUGAAGCCCCUUCCUCCUCGGUUAUUUGACCCGGCGCACGGCAGAGGAUGACGUGACAGGAAAUGACAUCACGCGGUUGAAUGGGGCGGAGGACCGGAAAGGAGGGAUGGGGGAAAAAGACUAAUUUCUUCAGUAUUUCUUCUAUCGAUUACUUCUCCUUCUUGUUCUUCUUCGGACAUUGGAGCUUGGUUCUUCUGUUGCAUUCGCUCAGCCUCCUUUGAUCUUUUUUGGAGUCCAAAAUUUGAUGGAAAUCUGCAUGAACGAUUAAAUACAUACUAGAGAGGAAAUCUAACUGGUGCGGGUGGGACCUGGGGGCUUUAUAGGAAACUUUGCAUUUAGGUUUACAAAGAAGUUCCCUUUUCUCCUCCUCUCUCUCUCUCUCUCUCUCUCUUCGUCGUGUCUUACGUCUCAAACUCGCCGAAGUUUUCGGUCACUCGGUUUCAAUUUUCUGCCGACGGGGGUUUCCACGACCUCCGGCGCCUGUUUCCCCAGACAGGAAGUGCUGCAGGUUCGUAUUCAAUCUUCCUGUCGUGCAUGACUGAGGGACGAGAGAGAGAGAGAGAGAGACCGGAGAGCAGCGAACCUCUUCCACAGUUGAUUUAUUCUUGUUAAUGAUGAUAGUCUUAUGAAUAACAAUAUCAAUGUCAAUGCAAAAAUGACAAUGACAAUGAUAAUGAUAAUGAAGAUGAUAACUGAUUGAAUGAUUGAUUGAUUGAUUGAUUGACUGAUAGAACUGUCGCUGUAGAUUUGUUGUCAUGUUACUUGGAGUUCAGUAAUGCUCUGUCCAUCUUGUUUACAUUGAUUAUGUUUUGUUUUGGGUAUUUUUUUUUUUUUUCCUCCCCUCCCGUGAGUUCUGUUCGACAAUGUUUACCGGGGUGCCGAAGUCCUACAUGCAACGUUUCUGGGCAACGACGGCUCGUGACGAACGCUCACCAAACGGCGUUGCGUGUUGUAACGCAGCUCUUAAUCUCUGACACAAAGGAAAAGGAGGAGGAAGGGAGGAAACGUGUCGAGAUUUCGCACGGAAACCGGAAAUUCGAAGACGUCCGGGGAAGGCCUCGGACUCGAAUGGGUUCGAUUUGUUGGGUCAGUGCUGUUGUCAAUCCAACCCAAAGAUCAGGAAUUCAAGCUCAGAGUGAGGGGCAGAGUUUGUCUGUGUUUUUGCAUGGCAAACGUUUUAUUUUCUGUGUGCGUCUGCGCUUGUGGUUUCAGUCAGCCCUGUUUCAGGAAGGUACACAAAUGUCCACCGAGUCCGUCAAUGGAUCACACAGGGGCGGUUGAAUUUGUACGAUCUACAACCAAACAAAAGUACAAAUCCUAGUUUUUACCUCCCGCAAGUUUUACUUUGAUGCCCCCCUUUGUUCGGCUCUGUAGUUUUGUAGCAAGAUCGGUCUCUUGCAAUGACAGCACAGUAUCGGCGGUACAGUAUUGGUGUCAUUCAGUAUUUCGGUGGCGGUGUUCUCUUUCGCGCCACCAGGGGGCAGUUAUCAGCACACAUGACCUGCCCUACAGGACUGCCUCUGCCUCUGGCCACAUUCUUUUCUAGACCUAGGAUGCCGAUUCCACAGCGAAAUGUAGAACAAAUACAUAUAGACAAGGCAUAAAACAAGGCAUAGUCCUAGUCAGGGAAUAGGGAUGUAGCCCGGGAGACGCCAUGUCCACCCGUCUGUCUCUCUGUCUGUGCCAACGCUGCCCCCCCCCCUCCCACCUCUUCUCUCAGGUCAGGAUAAUCAGAGAACAGCCAGAUGUAGGAAGUCACCAAAUCACUGAUCCCACCACCGGAGGUUGCACAGCUCAGCUGAAACCUCUUCUGCCAAAACCCAGUUCAGCCGCCAUCCUUUCUUUCUCUUACCUCAUCUAUCUCUCUCUUUCUUUCUUUUUUUCUUUCUGUCCACCUGCCUUGACGUCAGAUCUUUCAGCAUGCCGGAGGAGACAAGAUAUCGAAGACUCAAAGGGCAUUACAGGACAGGAACUCUUAGGGAAUCAUUUCAUCCUUAUGGUCAUGAGGGGAAAAAAAAAGAUUAUUGAAUAUUCAACAACUCUAGGACAAGAUGAUAAAGUAUAGAUAAAUAUAGAUAAUAACCUACAGAUAAACCUAGAUAUAACACAGUAGAUGUAGUUAUAGAUAACAACAGAGUAUAAUUAGAGAUUCAGAUAUUUAUUUUGGGUGCCGUUCAUCCUCACGGUGCGGUACCGUACGAUCUAGCUACUCUGAAACCUUGCACUGUCCUUUUCGCAGUCGCAGAAGCCAGAAAACAUCCCCCAGUCCACGUUUGUAUUGACUCUAUGCAGACCUCAUACGCAUCCAUAUCGUAUUAUUUCAGAAGAGAAACAACAACGCCACAUGGUAGCGUAAGCAGACGAGACAGGGAAAGGGCGCGGAUCUGAGAAAAUGUGAAUACAAGAUUGACACGACUUUUGCACAAUCACUUUGACAUCGCACCCACAGUGGAAAUCCUUUCUUUCAUGUAACCUUUGUCGCUGUCUUUCCCCCCCCCCCUCCGGCGGUGUUUUUGCGCUCCCCCAGAUGCCUCCCCCUUUAUCUCUUCUCCAAGAAAGUGUUGCCUCCAGGCGUAACAGUGGAGUGAAAAUGAGGAAAAAGGGGGCUCGGUUUUUGUCGUUGUUUCGUUGUUUUGGCAUGGGGGACAAAAGGGGGAGCGCAAACCCGACCUCUGCCCUCACCUCCCGAACAGGGAGGUUUCGGCAGGCGAGGCGCUUCCCCCAGGACCCCCCCCUACAGAGCCACAGUGCCUUCUGUAUCAGAGUCACAUUUAUCACCCUUCCCUCCGCCCGUCCCCUCCUUCUCCCUCCCCUCUGUAGUAGACAAGAUCAGCCACACUACGCCUUAAAAGUCGAGUCCCACCGGCUCCCAUGCUAGCAUAGAAACAGGGAGAAUUGAUGCAUUUGAGACUGGGCCUUGGUGAGGAAACAGCAAAGAGGCUAGGCUUGACCGCGGAGAGAUGAAAUCGCUGUUGCAUCCGGUACAAUUCCCAUUAACGACUUGAUGCAAACAUUUUUUUUUUUUUUUGUAAAAGUUUCCAAAAAAAAAUUAACAAAAAAAAGGAAAAACGUACCAUGUGGUUCGAUUUGUUGAAUCAGAGCCUUCCUCUUGGAUCGCUGACGUACCGGAUGCCGCCGGCAAGCUGGCCUUCUGCGGUUGCACCUCCCAACAAAGGCACGGCACACAGGGCGCCAUUUUGUGUCCCAUCACAGAGAUGUCCUGGGUCCAGUUUCAGGCGGUGUAGUGCGAGGUUUACAGAGGCGAAAAGCAGUUUGCUUACUUCUCAGGUCCCUCUAGAGUUAGGUAGCUAGAUAGGUAGACGUAGGAAAAUGUCAGCUACGAAACGGUCGGCCUAAGUUUAUUGAGUUAUUGUAUGGUUUUACCUGGCAUUGGCAUUUAGUCAGACGUUGUAAUGUUAACCCCCCCCCUCCUUCAGUAACUUACAUUACAGACUCUGACCCUCACCCCCCCCCCCAUCCACAGCCUGCCGACAAACCAACACAAAUCACCACUUGCACUUGACACCGAGCGUGUCGACAAGACAGGCAGGAAACCCAACUCCAUUUUGGCUCCACGACGCCACAUGCUUGUCCAGAAUUGUAACUGCGGAUCCAAAAUGGCCGACACACAACACUGCCCUUGUUAUGAAAGCAUGUUGUGUGUGCUUUCCAAGAAGAAAAAAAAAAAAAUCCCAUUCGUACAGUUUUUUUUUUUUCUCUCUCUCUCUCUCUCUCUCUUUGUUAUUGCUGUUGUUUCGCCGAUGAUUUGAACGGGGUUUGGGAAGGGGGGGAGGGGGUUGCAAGGUUUUUUGCUCGGUCAUCCCUGCACUCAAGAUUUUCUACUCAUCGGCUUUCUGUGUUUUCAUCCCCCGCUGUGGCCUCUGUCAAGCUCACCCAUCGCUCUUUACCUCCAAUCAACUUUUUUUUUGUUUUUUUUGUUUUUUUUUUCCUCUUUGGUUCGGAGACAAUGCACAUCCAGAGAAAAACGAAAUGAAACAAAAACAAAAAAAAUAACACACAACGCACCACCCACCCAUCCGCUCAGUCGUCUGUGAAAUUGUGUCAGUGGGUCAGUCAUGAGGCUGUGUGUCGAAAAAACACGAAUAAGGGCUCUCUUUCAAAAAAAAAAAAAAAAAAAAAAAAAUCUACACCG